AUGCUGCGAUGGGAGGCGCUGCGUCCGCACGACUCCGUGUCCGCGCCUUGCGUCAAGAACCACUCGGCCACGGCCGUGUCCCCGCACGAGCUCCUCGUCUUUGGCGGCUACGACGGCCGCCGGAACCUCAACGCGCUGCACGUGCUCAACGUCGCGCGUCGCACGUGGCGCGAGCUGUCGCACGAGACGCGCGGCGUCGCCCCGUCUGGCCGCAACGGCCACACCGCAACCCUAGCCGACUGCAAGCUCUUUAUCCUCGGCGGGUGGCUCGGCAGUGGCCCGCUCGCAGCUGCCGACGUGCACGUGCUGCACUUGAACACGCUACGCUGGGAACAGCCGGCGCUCGCGCACGCGCUGAGUCCGUGCAACAUGCACACGGCCGACUACGUGCGUCGACUGCGGAGCAUCCUCGUGUUCCGAGGCGGCGACGGCCGCGAGUACUUGAACGAUCUCCACGCGCUCCAGAUCGACCGCAUGACGUGGACGACCGUGCGGACCAGUGGCCGUGCGCCGGCCCCUCGGGCCAACCACAGCUCGGCACUAGUUGGAGACGAUCUGCUGGUGUUUGGAGGCUGGGACGGCCGCCAGCGGCUCAGUGACAUGCACGUGCUGGACUCGGUGAAUAUGACGUGGUCCCGCGUGCACGAUGAGGCACGUGUGGACACGAGAGAGUACGUGGUCGAGCCGCCACUGCCGCGUGCAGGCAUGACGAUGGCUUGUCAUCGAGACCGACUUUUUGUCUUUGGGGGCUCGGGGCCGUCGGCGAAGUGCUACGAUGAUUUACAUGUGUACGACCCGCGUCGACACGAGUGGAUUGAGACAGUUGCGGUCGGUGCAACGGCUGAUAAGAAGGAGGAAGAGAAAAGGAAGUGGAGGUGGAGCUGUCGGUCGAGUCGCAGUCGGACGCGGUCGCAGCCGCGGUGGGAUAUCUAUGAAGAUGAUGACCAGCAAGUUGCGAACUUGGCUGGAAAUGAUGAUCAGAAUAGUGGAGACGAGUGGGGAGGGUCAUGUAGCGAUGGAGAAACUAUGGUGGUGGCACAUGGUUGGGCUGAUGAUGCAUGCGACUCGGCGAACCCGAAUGAAAUGUGCGAGCUUACGGACGUGGAGACACCGAAGAGAGGAGAUCCUCUGGUAGUGGUAGGGAGGGGUCCCGGACGGAGAGCUGGGCACACGUGCACGGUGGUGGACCGCAUGCUCGUGAUUUUUGGAGGUUCUUGCGGCACGGAUUAUCUGAAUGACUGUUAUACACUGGACACCGAUCCACCUCCGCGCGUUUCCGUCUCUCUGCCGUCUCCGGUGAGAAUGCUGCGGCAUGCACUCGCACAGUAUGUUGAUAGCGACGAGUAUGCUGACAUAUCGUUCCUUGUUGAAGGACGCGUGGUGUACGCGCACAAGGUGAUUCUCUCAGCACUGAGUGAGAGGUUUCGAGGCAUGUUUUCUUCGGGUUUCCGUGAAGCCAGGGAGUCUCAAAUUGCUGUGCCGGGUGUGCGCCAUGCGGUCUUCCUGCUGUUGCUCGAGUAUCUUUACACAGGGCACAUCGAGACACACGAUGAUGCUUUUGCCGUGUGUCCGGUCGCUCAGGAUAUUGCCCCCGACCUGGACUUUGUCUGCAACAGCAUCGCCGCCUGCCCCCAGUCCGCGGACGGACUUGUUGAAAUUGAAGAAACCCGCCGUAGAGAAACGGGGCAGGCCCAAUCUCUUGAUUCAGGAUUGACAAGGGAGCUCGAGUCUUUGCUGGAAGUGCUUGUGGCUGCAGAUCAGUUCAUGCUGGGCCACCUGAAGCAGCGUUGUGAGCGGACACUGCAAUACGCAGUGGGUGUUGGAAGUGUGGAGGCAAUAGCCGAAGCAGCAGACCGUGCGAAUGCUGUUCAGUUACUAGCUGUGUGUCGACACUUUGUGCGAAACAACUCGCCGUCUUCACCGUCACGUGCAGUUUCGAGCAGUGGCUGUUCAUUCGAUGAAGAAAAUGAUCCGGAUCUGGAAGAAACGAAAUCUCGGGGGACUGAUCGAGAUGACAACGAUGACGAAGUGGUAUUACAGCUGGACCCUCCAUCGUUAGAGAACAGUCAGUCUUUUCAAUGA